UGAACACACACACACACACACACACACACACACACACACACACACACACACACACACACACACACACACACACAGCUCUCUGCAGUCAGUGUCCUGCAGCCUGGAUCUGCUCUCACUGGGAAUUAUUGGCUCUAACAGUGUUUGAGGAGGAGCGCGGUCGAGGAUGUCGGAGAGCAAAGUGACGAUAGAGCCCGGGCUGAAUGGAGCCUCAAAACACCAGUCUGCAGGUUCGGGCCAACAGCGGCGCGGCGCCACCGUCAGCUUUCACAACAUCGACUACAAAGUGACGGUGGGAGGAAACUGUUUGUGUCGGAAGAAAGGAACGACCAAAGACAUCCUCAUCGACCUCAAUGGGAUCAUGAAGCCCGGUCUGAAUGCCAUCAUGGGGGCAACCGGGAGCGGAAAGUCAUCGUUUCUGGAUGUUUUGGCAGCCAGGAAGGACCCUGCCGGUCUGUCAGGAGAAGUUUUGAUUGAUGGAGCUCAUCAGCCUCCAAACUUCAAGUGUUUGUCUGGAUACGUGGUGCAGGACGACGUGGUGAUGGGAACACUGACGGUCAGAGAAAACUUCACCUUCUCGGCAGCGCUGAGACUCCCCGUGAGCGUCUCUCAGGAGGAGAAAAAACAAAAAGUCGACAGAUUGAUCCAGGAGCUGGGACUGGGCCGAGUGGCCGACUCCAGGGUGGGCACUCAGCUGAUUCGUGGGAUUUCGGGCGGCGAAAGGAAGAGGACCAACAUCGGCAUGGAGCUGAUCAUCGACCCGCCCGUCCUCUUCCUGGACGAACCGACCACCGGCCUUGAUGCCAGCACCGCCAACUCUGUGCUGCUGCUGCUCAAGAGGAUGGCGGGACAGGGCCGCACCAUCAUCCUGUCCAUCCACCAGCCUCGAUACUCCAUCUACCGCCUGUUCGACAGUCUCACCCUGCUGGUCAGCGGCAAACAGGUUUACCACGGCCCGGCACAGAGCGCACUGGAGUAUUUCUCAGACAUCGGAUACACCUGUGAGCCCCACAACAACCCUGCUGACUUCUUCCUCGACAUCAUAAACGGAGACUCAACCGCCGUCGCCCUCAGUAACAUGGACAAUGAAGAUCCAGAUUCAGAUUCAGUUUCGAUGUCUAGACGAGGGAUCGAAGACAAGCUCGUGGAAGAAUACAGAAACUGUCAUUACUACAAACAGACCAAAGCAGAGCUGGAAAAGAUAAUUCAGGGUAGGCAGACGACCACUAAGGCUCCGUCCAGAACCAUCACCUACAACACCGGCUUCCUGACCCAGUUCAGAUGGGUUCUCAAGAGAACGUUUCGCAACCUCAUGCUCAACCCUCAGACCUCCAUCGCCCAAAUCGCGGUGACCUUGUUCCUCGCUCUGGUCGUUGGAGCCCUUUUCUUUGAUGUUCAAGAGAAUUCAAGUGGAAUACAGAACAGGUUUGGCACUCUCUUCUUCAUCACCGUGAAUCAGUGUUUCAGCUCGCUAUCAUCUGCUGAACUCUUCAUCGCAGAGAGGAAACUCUUCAUUCAUGAGUACAUCAGCGGUUACUACAGGGUGUCUGUGUACUUCCUGGCUAAGAUCCUGUCUGACAUCAUUACGCUGAGGACCAUCCCCACCAUCGUCUUUAGCUGCGUGGCGUACUUCAUGAUUGGUCUGAAGCCGACAGCUGAAGCGUUCUUCACAUUCAUGUUCACCGUCACUCUGGUCGCGUACACCGCUACCUCCAUGGCUCUGGCCAUCUCCGCCGACCAGACGGUGGUUGCCAUUGCCAACAUCUUUAUGACCAUCGCCUGCGUCUUCAUGAUGAUUUUUGCAGGUUUACUCGUGAAUCUUCCGUCCAUCGUCGACUGGCUCGCUUGGUUGAAGUACUUGAGUAUACCACGAUACGGCCUCAGUGCUCUGAUGGCUAAUGAGUUCACUGGACUGAAGUUCUGCACCGAGUUGAAUUCAACUGUAACUGUGUGUGACAUUUCUGGGGAGUCGUUUCUGGAGGAGCAGGAUGUCGAUUACUCCACCUGGGGCCUGUGGCAGAACCACCUGGCUCUGAGCAUCAUGACCGUCUGCUUCCUCGCCAUCGCUUACCUCAAACUGCGAUUCAUCAAGAAGUUCACCUAAAACUUCAUCACCAUCAUCACCAUCAUCACCAUCAUCACCAUCAUCACUACCGCUGUAAUAUAAUUUAAGAAGGGAAUG